GAGUCUGACGUCACCGGAAGUCUUUUGGCAGAGGAGCGGGUGUUGUUGACACCGGGACGGGCGACCAUGGCUACCGACGUGCGGCAAGAGCUCGCACAGCUCAUGAACUCAAGUGGCUCCCACAAAGACCUCGCCGCCAAAUAUCGACAAAUCCUGGAAAAGGCGGUCCAGUUCACAGAUGCGGAUCAACUGGAGUCCUUGAAGGCCUUUGUGGAAGCGAUGGUGAAUGAAAACGUGAGCCUGGUCAUCUCCAGACAGCUGCUCACAGACUUCUGCACACAUCUCCCCAACUUGCCGGACGCCACAGCCAAGGCGGUGUACCACUUCACCUUGGAGAAGAUCCAGCCCAGGGUCAUAUCCUUCGAGGAACAAGUGGCCUCCAUCAGACAGCACUUAGCCACCAUUUACGAAAAGGAGGGCGACUGGAGGAACGCGGCCCAGGUUUUGGUGGGGAUCCCCCUGGAGACGGGACAGAAGCAGUACAACGUGGACUACAAGUUGGACACCUACCUGAAAAUCGCCCGCCUCUACCUGGAGGACGACGACCCGGUGCAGGCCGAGGCCUACAUCAACAGAGCCUCGCUGCUCCAGAACGAGUCCUCUAACGAGCAGCUGCAGAUCCACUACAAGGUUUGCUACGCCAGAGUCCUGGACUUCCGCAGGAAGUUCAUCGAGGCGGCGCAGAGGUACAACGAGCUGUCCUACAAGUCCAUCGUCCACGAGACCGAGCGUCUGGAGGCCCUCAAGCACGCGCUCAACUGCACCAUCUUGGCGUCGGCAGGCCAGCAGCGUUCCCGCAUGCUGGCCACGCUCUUCAAGGACGAGCGCUGCCAGCAGCUGGCGGCCUACGGCAUCCUGGAGAAGAUGUACCUGGACCGCAUCAUCAGAGGCAACCAGCUGCAGGAGUUUGCCGCCAUGCUCAUGCCGCACCAGAAGGCCACCACGGCGGACGGUCAGCUCGCCGGAUCCCAAGAAAAGAAAAGUCCUAAAAGUAAACUUGUGCUUCCGGUCUCAGGCUCCAGCAUCCUGGACCGAGCCGUGAUCGAACACAACCUGCUGUCGGCCAGCAAGCUCUACAACAACAUCACCUUCGAGGAGCUGGGAGCGCUGCUGGAGAUACCGCCCGCUAAGGCGGAGAAGAUCGCCUCGCAGAUGAUCACGGAGGGUCGCAUGAACGGCUUCAUCGACCAGAUCGACAGCAUCGUGCACUUUGAAACACGAGAGCCGCUGCCCACCUGGGACAAGCAGAUCCAGUCUCUGUGUUUCCAAGUCAACAACCUCCUGGAGAAGGUCCGACAGGCGGCUCCUGAGUGGGCGGCCCAGGCCUUGGAGAGCCAGAUGACUCAGUAACAUGUCUUCCUCGCUCAAAGGCCAGGACACAUCAAAUUGAAAUUGUUUCUGAGGUCAUUUGGCUGCUGAUCUCCUCACCUUCAUCUGCCGCCCGUGUCCUAAGUCCCGCCAAACACGCACUUGGGAUUAAAAGUAGGAAGUAGUCGCUGGACGUUCCCUCCUUUAAGUCUUUCUUGUUGUUUGCUGCGGUUAAAAGGAACUCUGUGUGCAUCCUCGCCACAUGCUGGCAGCUCAUUGUCCAGCACAGCUCUGUUUCCCCCUCCCCAACUUUAUUUGUAUUUGAUUUUUUGUUUUUUUAGCAGCAAAGAAAACUGGUACAAACCAGUAUUGAGUAUUAAAACAUGCAAAAAGACCAAGAGCAGACAUUUAAAUAAAGGUCAGGGAUCAUGUCAGAGUCCAGCACUGCUCUUCA